AUGGUGAUGUGUGGCUGGUUGUGCCGAGGUGCCGUUGAGUCCACAGAGUUGAGCGGCCGCAUGCUGAUUACAGAGGGAGCCUUUUAUUCUGAAGAGCUGAAGAACUCCAGCAGUCUGCUGUUCAAAUCCCUGGCCUACGAUGUCCAACACCUGGUGUCGGAGGCGUUUGGUCACAGCGAGCUCAAACAGCACUUCCUUUCCUGCCAGGUGAACUCUUUCAGUCAGGGCAGCGUGGCUGUGACCUUUGACCUCUGGUUCAAUCAGCUGGUCGACCUGAAGGAGGCGGAGCAGCAGUUGGGGGUGGGCCUUCAGGAGGCCGGAGGCACGGGAUGGGUCAUCGACCGAAACAGCAUCCAGAUCACAGGGAAACAGGAAGUAACAACGGCUGCUCCGACAGGUGUCUCACCUACAGCAGAGGCGUGUCCUCCCCAGCAGACGUCCUGUGCUGAUCCGUCUCUCUGCAUCCUGAUUGGUCGGCUCUGUGACGGACACCGGGACUGUCCCGACGGCUCGGACGAAGACGCUGCCCGCUGUGCGACGGCGUGUGACGGACAGUUCAUCCUGAUUGGUCCGAGUGGCUCGUUCAGUUCAGACAAAAGCAGCAGAUUCUGUCGCUGGAUCAUCAGGCUGGACCGAGGACUCUCUCUUCGGAUUAACUUCCUGAGGUUUGACACGCAGGAGAACGUGGAACGACUGAAACUCUACGAGGGGGUCGGAGAGGACAGACAUCUGAGAGCUGAGCUCUCAGGCUCCGCCCACCCAGGGACAGUGUGGCUGCUCAGCGACCAAUCAACGGUGGAGUUAAUCUCUGAUGAUGCCAACAACCUGUCAGGGUUCAACGCCACCUACAGCGCGGCCAACACCUCCACGCUCUCCAACCAGCAGAAGCUGACCUGCUCCUUUGAGCAGGGCAUGUGCUUCUGGAGGCAGGAUGAUGCAGAUGAUGGAGACUGGUAUCGAACCAGCGGCUCAACGUUCCCCCCCCUCAGCGGCCCGAGUGCCGACCACACACUGGGAAACAGCUCUGGUUUCUACAUCAUCACCCCUCGGAGUCCCGGCCAAUGGCUGAAGAGCUUCAGGAUCCAAAGCCUGCCUCUGAGCCCGCACCCCGAAGCCAUGUGUCUGAGCUUCUGGUACCACAUGUUUGGCGAGGAGGUGCACCGUCUCCAGGUGUUUCUGGAGGACUCGGCCGUUACCGUGGUGUUCCAGAGAGACGGUAACUAUGGCGACAACUGGAACUACGGCCAGGUGACGCUGCACCUGACGACGAAGACAAAGGUGGUGUUCGAGGCGCUGAAGGAGGGCGGUAUGAGGAGCGACAUCGCUCUGGAUGACAUCGCACUGACCGCUGACCCCUGUGGCCCCGCCCCCCCUGAACCAACCAAUGUCCCGCCUCCAACAACCACAGCCCCUAUACCAGUUGACUGCGGAGGACCCUUUGAUCUCUGGGAGCCGAACUCCACCUUCAGCUCUCCAAAUUACCCACAAUCCUACGGGAACAAGGCUCAGUGCCAGUGGACGCUGCACGCCGCUGCCGGUCGGAACCUGGCACUUCACUUCCUGGACUUUGACGUGGAGGCGGGGUUUGAUGUGGUGGAGGUGCGGGAGGGCGCGGGGCUUAACUCCACCUUACUUGCCGUCCUCAGCGGCAGCUCCGGCCCCGCCCACACGCUGUUGUCCACGGCCAAUCAGAUGACGGUGUGGUUCUAUUCUGACGCCUCGGGACAUGGGAGGGGCUUCAGAGCCAACUUCAGCUCCGGGGCCAACCUGGGGUCACCAGCUGCGUGUGCUGAGGGUCAGUUUCAGUGUCGGACAGGAAGUUGUAUCCAUGGAAACGGUCAGUGUGACGGACAGGUGGACUGUCCGGACGCCUCCGACGAGUCAGACUGUGUUGUCUACACGUCCUCUCGUCUCCAGUUCCAGCGUGUGUUCUCUCGUCUCACGGUGUGUUCUGACACCUGGAGUCCUCACCUGUCUGUGUUCACCUGUCAGUACCUGGGAUACAGGUGGGGAGGGGCUCAGCUGCUGCCAGCCCGGGCCGAGGACUCACCUUUCACCUGGAUCAGCUGGACCAAUGGGACGCUGACGCUCAGAGAGACAGACACCUGCAGCAGACAGGAAGUGGUUUCUCUGAACUGUGACAACCAGCCGUGUGGAGUUCGACAGGUGACUAAGACCAGCGACAAGGACCAAUCAGAAGAGAGGACAGCUGACCCCGGUGAGGUCAGGGUGGUGGGCGGGGCUAAUGCGGAGAAGGGGGCGUGGCCUUGGAUUGUCUCUCUGCAUUGGGGGGGGCGUCACGUGUGUGGAGCCUCUGUGAUUGGUCCAGACUGGCUGCUGACCGCGGCUCACUGUGUGUUCGGGAAGAACGUGCAGCUCGAUGCCUGGUUAGCUGUCUUCGCUCUUUACGCUCAGAGCGACUCCAACGCGGCUCAGACCCGACGAGUCGAUCGCAUCGUGAUCAACAGGAAGUACGACCGGCGGAGCAAAGAGGCCGACAUCGCCAUGAUGCACCUGCAGGAGCCAAUCAGCUUCAGCCGGUGGAUCCAGCCGCUGUGUUUACCCUCUGAAGGUGAGGACAUCCCGACAGGAAGCUGCUUCAUCGCAGGCUGGGGUCGCGAUGCUGAGCAGGGCUCUCUCCCGGACGUCCUGCAGGAGGCGCUGCUGCCCCUCGUCCCCCCCCCCCAGUGUGAACAGCUGAUCCCUGAAUACACCAUCUCUCCCAGCAUGCUUUGCGCUGGAGGUGGGGGGGUCGACUCCUGCCAGGGAGAUUCUGGAGGUCCACUGAUGUGUCUCAGGGACGAACGCUGGACUCUGAUUGGUGUGACGUCCUUCGGGAUUGGCUGUGGCCGCCCUCUGAAGCCAGGUGUUUACGCUCGAGUGUCGGCCUUCACUUCCUGGAUCGCUCAGACCCGCAGAUCCUCGCCCUGAUUCUGUUCUUAAUGAUUCAAUCUGCAGUCUGUGUGAUCAUCAUGUUGUCAAUUCAUUAUAAAU